AUGGCAGCUGUCCUGACAUCCUGUGACUUCAACAAUGACAGCAUUCCCUUCUGCCAGUUCCGGCAGGAUAGUGAAGAUAACAGUGACUGGACGCGGCAUCGUGGGUCUACUCCAACCAACGGCACUGGCCCAAAUGGGGACUACCCAGACGGAAAUGGCUAUUACAUUUAUCACGAGUGUGACAACGUGGCCAACGGGCAAAGAGCCCGUCUGAUCAGCCCUCUGCUCCGCAGCAACUUGCCCCAGAUGUGCAUUCAGUUCUGGUACCAUAUGUAUGGCUUUGACAACCAAAACCAUCUCCAGGUUCUGCUCCAGAAGCCAGACACGGAGGAAAAAGUUUGGGAGAAAGUUGGCUUCCAGAGUCCAGCAUGGCUCGAGGCGGCUGUGACUGUGAUUGUCUUUGAGGCCAGACGGGGACUGACACCAUCAUGCGACACAGCGUUAGACAACAUAAUUAUCAGGGAAGGCGCUUGUGCCGCCUGUUUGUCUGAAUGUGACUUUGACACCACUGGUGAUCUCUGUGGUUGGACCACUCAAGCGCUUCCUCAUUUCUUUCCCUGGGAGCAGUGGAGCGGACCGACAGACACAGUGGGAACGGGGCCCGAUGACGACUUCUCUAAGCCUGGUUUUGGCAUGUACAUGCUGUUAGACUCCUUCUAUGGCUUGGAAGGAGUUUCAUCAGAGCUGCUAAGCCCACUCAGCUACUCAGAAGGAUGUCUGUUGCUCAGCUUCCACUACUAUAUCACAAACAUCAACUGUGAAACCAACAACCUCAACGGGGACGACAGUGAAACCAUCAACAUCCACAACUACAACUCCGUCCACCACACCAAAACUUCCAACAACUACACCUACUGCCAGGAACCAUCCACCGACUGCACAGGAUCCUGCAUCACUGGGUGCUUCUGUGACCCAGGCUACUUGUACCGCGGCCACCGCUGCGUACCUGUCAGCCAGUGCGGCUGUUUGGAUGAUGACGGCAAUUACUUUGAGCCAGGAGAAGUCAUCUUCGGUACGGGCUGCUCCAAGCUGUGUCGCUGUGCAGGAAACUACACGCUGAACUGCGUGGACAACUCCUGUAAGCCCACAGAAGAGUGUCGAGAAGUGAAUGGCGUCGUGUCUGGCUGCUACCCCAAAGACACGUCUACCUGCAUUGUAUCUGGUGACCCCCACUACACCACAUUUGAUCGCCGUUAUUAUGACUUCAUGGGAAACUGCAGCUACCUACUGUCCAAGCCUUGCAACAUCACGGCAGCCCCGCAAUUUGCGGUGUAUACUGACAAUGAGAAUCGUUACAACCAGCUCUCCAUCAGCUACCUCAAAGCCGUACAUGUGCACACCCUGGGGGUGACUGUUUCGGUGCUGAAGGACGGAGUGGUACAGUUGAACGGGACCAGAAUAAACCUUCCCGCCAGCCCUGUGCCCGGCCUGUCCGUAUUCCAGUCGGGGAGACAGUACACCGUGGCUGCUGAUUUUGGGGUGACGGUUCGCUAUGAUGGCAACCACUAUAUGGACAUCAAAGUUACGAGCGACUACAAGAAUGCCCUGUGUGGGCUGUGUGGAGAUUACAAUGGAAAGCCUGAGGAUGACUUCCGCACCCCUGAAGGCCAACUGGUCACCAGUCCUAAUGAUUUUGGCCAUAGCUGGAGCUCCGACCCGAACUGCAACAAGAAACCAAACGACACCAUCCCAGAGUGCACAGAGAGUGAACUUGACCUCUUUAAAAGUCCAGCCUAUUGUGGGAUCUUGCUGGAUGUCAAAGGGCCAUUUGCGGUCUGCCAUCCAAGAGUCAACCCCAACAAUUUCUUCAAGGACUGCUUGUAUGACCUGUGCGCGUUGGACGGAGCUCAGACGUCACUGUGUGAGGCACUGGAGUCUUAUGUCAAUGAGUGCCAGGACCGUGGAGUAAACGUGGGACCCUGGAGGAACACAACCUUUUGUCCUCUGCGUUGCCCCCCAAACAGCCACUAUGAGGUGUGUGUCCCUGCGUGCCCUCCUUCCUGCGCGAACCCAAGUCCAGGGCAGUGCAACAGCUCGUGCGCAGAGGGAUGUGUGUGUGACCCAGGGUACGUCUACAGCUCAGGGCUGUGUGUCAAACGAGAGACAUGUGGCUGCCAGUACAGUGGACAGUACUACCAGUCAGGAGAGGAGUUCUACACUGAGGGAUGCCGGUCAAAAUGCAAGUGCGAGGGUGGCGUGGUGACGUGCACAGAAGGAACGUGUCCUCCGCAACAUACGUGUGGGGUGCAGAACGGACAGCUUGGCUGUUACCCCAUCGGCACUAAGGACUGCUACAUCUCCGGAGAUCCGCACUACACCACCUUCGAUGGAAAGUUCUAUACUUUCAUGGGCACCUGCACCUAUACCUUGGCUAGAAGCUGCCAGAACAGCACAGGUCCUUGGUUCUCAGUGGAGGGCAAGAAUGAAGAAAGAGGUGUCGCAGGGGUCUCAUACCUCCGCAAACUGUAUGUGACCGUUGGUGGAGUUACAGUCACGAUGAUGAAAGGCAGGAAGACGAUGGUAAAUGGGCUACGUGUCUCCCUUCCUCACUCGCCCUCCCCCCUAAUAUCGCUCUCCUUGGCCGGGCAGUAUGUCACCCUGCAGACCCCCUUUGGUCUCACCGUGCGCUGGGACGGAAACCACUACGCUCAAAUUUCAGUUCCCAGCUCCUAUUUUGAUCAGAUGUGUGGUCUCUGUGGAGACUACGAUGGAAACUCAAAUAAUGACUUCACCAAACCAGAUGGCUCACUAGCUGGUAGUUCCAAUGACUUUGGCAACAGCUGGCAAACUGAAGAGGACGAAGACGACAGGUGUGAAUCUGACAACAAACCUGAGCCCCCGUGCAACCCCAGUUUGGAGGCAGAGGUGUCCAAACCUGAGAAAUGUGGGAAACUGAAUGACACUCAAGGACCUUUUAGAGACUGCGUUAAAGUGGUGGACCCACGGCCUUAUUUCCUGAGCUGUGUGUACGACAUGUGUCGUUACGAGGGACUUCUGCAAACCUUGUGUGACCAGUUGCAGGCUUACACCGAUGCCUGCCUGAGUGCAGGAGCCCCAGUGCACCAGUGGAGGGAGCCACACUUCUGCCCUCUGGCCUGUCCGCCCAACAGCCACUACUCCCUGUGUGUGAGCGCAUGUCCAGAGACGUGUGUGGGAAGCGGUGUGGGGUUGCCGGGCUGUGAAGAGCUCUGUGUGGAGGGGUGCCGCUGCGAUCCUGGCUUCAUCCUGAGCAAUGACCGCUGUGUUCCUCUCAAAGACUGUGGCUGCAUGGACCAUCAAGGCUCCUACCACCCUCUGAAUGAGAGUUGGUACCUGGAGGGCUGCACCCAGCGCUGUGCUUGCCAAGGAAAAGGCCUGAUCGAGUGCCACAACACCUCCUGCGGUCCAGCAGAGAGCUGCCAGAUGCAAGAUGGCGAAUAUGGUUGUCACGCGCUGGCAUCAACAGCAAAACCACCAAUAUCAACACCUUUCACUGCGAAACCAUCAACGGCAUCCACAACUACAACUAAACCUCAGACUACGGUUCCGCCCGUGAAGUGCCCCCCAAAUUCCCACUACAUUGAGUGUGGCCCAGCCUGUAUCCCAAGCUGCCAGGAACCAUCCACCGACUGCACAGGAUCCUGCAUCACUGGGUGCUUCUGUGACCCAGGCUACUUGUACCGCGGCCGCCGCUGCGUACCUGUCAGCCAGUGCGGCUGUUUGGAUGAUGACGGCAAUUACUUUGAGCCAGGAGAAGUCAUCUUCGGUACGGGCUGCUCCAAGCUGUGUCGCUGUGCAGGAAACUACACGCUGAACUGCGUGGACAACUCCUGUAAGCCCACAGAAGAGUGUCGAGAAGUGAAUGGCGUCGUGUCUGGCUGCUACCCCAAAGACACGUCUACCUGCAUUGUAUCUGGUGACCCCCACUACACCACAUUUGAUCGCCGUUAUUAUGACUUCAUGGGAAACUGCAGCUACCUACUGUCCAAGCCUUGCAACAUCACGGCAGCCCCGCAAUUUGCGGUGUAUACUGACAAUGAGAAUCGUUACAACCAGCUCUCCAUCAGCUACCUCAAAGCCGUACAUGUGCACACCCUGGGGGUGACUGUUUCGGUGCUGAAGGACGGAGUGGUACAGUUGAACGGGACCAGAAUAAACCUUCCCGCCAGCCCUGUGCCCGGCCUGUCCGUAUUCCAGUCGGGGAGACAGUACACCGUGGCUGCUGAUUUUGGGGUGACGGUUCGCUAUGAUGGCAACCACUAUAUGGACAUCAAAGUUACGAGCGACUACAAGAAUGCCCUGUGUGGGCUGUGUGGAGAUUACAAUGGAAAGCCUGAGGAUGACUUCCGCACCCCUGAAGGCCAACUGGUCACCAGUCCUAAUGAUUUUGGCCAUAGCUGGAGCUCCGACCCGAACUGCAACAAGAAACCAAAUGACACCAUCCCAGAGUGCACAGAGAGUGAACUUGACCUCUUUAAAAGUCCAGCCUAUUGUGGGAUCUUGCUGGAUGUCAAAGGGCCAUUUGCGGUCUGCCAUCCAAGAGUCAACCCCAACAAUUUCUUCAAGGACUGCUUGUAUGACCUGUGCGCGUUGGACGGAGCUCAGACGUCACUGUGUGAGGCACUGGAGUCUUAUGUCAAUGAGUGCCAGGACCGUGGAGUAAACGUGGGACCCUGGAGGAACACAACCUUUUGUCCUCUGCGUUGCCCCCCAAACAGCCACUAUGAGGUGUGUGUCCCUGCGUGCCCUCCUUCCUGCGCGAACCCAAGUCCAGGGCAGUGCAACAGCUCGUGCGCAGAGGGAUGUGUGUGUGACCCAGGGUACGUCUACAGCUCAGGGCUGUGUGUCAAACGAGAGACAUGUGGCUGCCAGUACAGUGGACAGUACUACCAGUCAGGAGAGGAGUUCUACACUGAGGGAUGCCGGUCAAAAUGCAAGUGCGAGGGUGGCGUGGUGACGUGCACAGAAGGAACGUGUCCUCCGCAACAUACGUGUGGGGUGCAGAACGGACAGCUUGGCUGUUACCCCAUCGGCACUAAGGACUGCUACAUCUCCGGAGAUCCGCACUACACCACCUUCGAUGGAAAGUUCUAUACUUUCAUGGGCACCUGCACCUAUACCUUGGCUAGAAGCUGCCAGAACAGCACAGGUCCUUGGUUCUCAGUGGAGGGCAAGAAUGAAGAAAGAGGUGUCGCAGGGGUCUCAUACCUCCGCAAACUGUAUGUGACCGUUGGUGGAGUUACAGUCACGAUGAUGAAAGGCAGGAAGACGAUGGUAAAUGGGCUACGUGUCUCCCUUCCUCACUCGCCCUCCCCCCUAAUAUCGCUCUCCUUGGCCGGGCAGUAUGUCACCCUGCAGACCCCCUUUGGUCUCACCGUGCGCUGGGACGGAAACCACUACGCUCAAAUUUCAGUUCCCAGCUCCUAUUUUGAUCAGAUGUGUGGUCUCUGUGGAGACUACGAUGGAAACUCAAAUAAUGACUUCACCAAACCAGAUGGCUCACUAGCUGGUAGUUCCAAUGACUUUGGCAACAGCUGGCAAACUGAAGAGGACGAAGACGACAGGUGUGAAUCUGACAACAAACCUGAGCCCCCGUGCAACCCCAGUUUGGAGGCAGAGGUGUCCAAACCUGAGAAAUGUGGGAAACUGAAUGACACUCAAGGACCUUUUAGAGACUGCGUUAAAGUGGUGGACCCACGGCCUUAUUUCCUGAGCUGUGUGUACGACAUGUGUCGUUACGAGGGACUUCUGCAAACCUUGUGUGACCAGUUGCAGGCUUACACCGAUGCCUGCCUGAGUGCAGGAGCCCCAGUGCACCAGUGGAGGGAGCCACACUUCUGCCCUCUGGCCUGUCCGCCCAACAGCCACUACUCCCUGUGUGUGAGCGCAUGUCCAGAGACGUGUGUGGGAAGCGGUGUGGGGUUGCCGGGCUGUGAAGAGCUCUGUGUGGAGGGGUGCCGCUGCGAUCCUGGCUUCAUCCUGAGCAAUGACCGCUGUGUUCCUCUCAAAGACUGUGGCUGCAUGGACCAUCAAGGCUCCUACCACCCUGUAAAUGAGAGUUGGUACUUGGAGAGCUGCACUCAGCACUGUGUUUGCCAAGGAAAAGGCCUGAUCGAGUGCCACAACACCUCCUGUGGUCCAGCAGAGAGCUGCAACCUGCAAGAUGGCGAAUAUGGUUGUCACGCACUGGAUCGUGGAAUCUGCUCUGUUUCCGGGGACCCUCAUUACACCACAUUCGACAAAAAAGUUCAUCAUUUCCAGGGAUCCUGCUCGUACACUUUAACUCAGCCUUGUAAUAUCACCUCUGGCUUGCCAUACUUUUCUAUUUACACCCAAAAUGAGCACAGAGGCAGCAGCAAACACGUAUCUUAUGUCCGUGCUGUCACUGUUAAGGUUCAUGGGACAGAGAUCAUUCUGAGCAAGGGCCGUCAAGUACAGGCUAAUGGUGUUCGAUUUACCCCUCCGGUUUUUCUGCCAGAGGGUAUGAAGGUCUUUCUCAGUGGCACGUUUGUGGUGGUGGAAACAGUUUUUGGACUGCGGGUGCGAUUUGAUGGGAACCACUAUUCUGAUGUCACCCUGCCUUCAUCCUACAGUGGACUCCUGUGUGGUCUUUGUGGGAACUUCAAUGGUAAUCCGGGUGACGACAACCUGAAACCAGAUGGCCAACCUGAACCCAACACCUCCCUGCUGGGAGAGAGUUGGCAGGUCCCUGACAAUCGCACAGACUGUUCCCAUGAUGGAGGAGUAGAUACCUGUAAUGACAAGGUGUUGGCUGAAGCUCAGAAACCUACUAGCUGUGGCAUGAUCACAGAUGUCAGUGAUAAAUUCAAACCCUGUCACUCAGUGGUGCCUCCUGACAUUUACUUUGAGAACUGUGUAUAUGACCAGUGCGGGACUGGUGGUGACGCUGUGGCCCUGUGCCAGGCCAUCCAGAGCUAUGCUGACCUUUGUGCGCAGGCUGGAGUUCCUAUCUCUUGGAGGAACAACACAUUUUGUCCUCUGAAGUGCCCUGUGGGCAGCAACUACACUGCUUGUAGCACAGCUUGCCCACCAAGCUGCCAGGGCCUUGACUCUGCUGCCACAUGUAACCAGCCCUGUGUGGAAGGGUGUGUCUGCAACUCUGGGCUGGUGCUCAGCGGGGACAAGUGUGUGCCCCUCAGUCAGUGUGGCUGCACAGACAAGAACAACAACUACCGACCGGUGGGAGACAGCUGGUUUCCUGUGGCCAACUGCUCAGAGCGUUGCACUUGUGCUGGACCCAACAACAUCAUCUGUAUGCCGUGGCAGUGCAGCCCUGCCCAGGAAUGUGGUGUAAAGGAAGGAGAGCUUGCCUGCCAUUCAAUAGGCAAAGGUGUGUGCCAUGUGGCAGGUGACCCCCACUACUACACUUUCGACAGCAAGAUGCACACCUAUAUGGGAACCUGUACUUACACACUGGUAGAGGUGUGUAACAGCAGCCAAGUGACUUCCUUCAACAUUGUGGCCAAGAAUGAGGAGCGCGGACAACCCCAGGCCUCCUACGUUCACUCUGUCAUUGUCAGCAUCCCUGGUUCCAAUAUUACACUCAGCAAGGCUGGACGGGUACUGCUCGAUGGCAGGAGGAUCCGCACCCCUUUCACCAUUACGCAGACUGGCGCUCAGCUGUAUGCAAGCGGUGUCUACAGCGUGCUUGACACAAACUUCGGAGUCAUUGUGAAGUUUGAUGGCGUGCAUCACUUGGAGAUCACAAUACCAGGAGACUACUUCAACAAGGUGUGUGGCAUGUGUGGAAACUACAAUGGCAACCCCAGUGACGAUAACCUCAUGCCCAGUGGCAAGCCAGCCAAGGAUGUUAUUGAGCUGGGUAACAGCUGGAAAGCUGAAGGAGACAGUGACCCUGGCUGCCAGCCAGAUGACAGAGAAGACCUAGACCCCAACUGCUUGCCAGCAGUGGAGCAGCAGUACCGCUCCCUGUGCAGCAAUGUGCUGCUGUCUGAGCGCUUUGAGGCCUGCCAUGUCCUGCUGCCCCCAAAGCCCUUCUUGGACAAUUGUGUGUAUGACAUGUGCGAGUACAACGGCAUGCAGGAGACACUAUGCGACAACGUGGAGGCUUAUGCCCAAGCCUGCCAGAGCCUGGGUGUUACUGUCAUUUGGAGGAACCAGACGUUCUGCCCUUUGCCGUGUCCUCCCAACAGCCAGUACUCACCUUGCACGGCCCCAUGUCCUGCCACCUGUGCAGACCUGUUCCCCACGAGCUGUCCGCAGCCACCCAGCUACUGCGUGGAAGGAUGCCAGUGCAACCCAGGGUUCGUGUUGAGUGAUGGCCAGUGUGUCUCGCUGUCCAACUGUGGCUGCUUGGACCCCAAUGGCGAAUAUCACGAUGUGGGAGAUUCAUGGUUAACUGACCACUGCGAGCAAAGGUGCAGCUGCAGUCUGGGGGGGAUUCUCAGCUGCAGCCAAUUCAAGUGCAGUGAGAACUCCAUCUGCACGCUGGACAAAGAUGGAAUCCGCCUAUGCAAGCCAGAGAAGUUUCAUAAAUGCAGUAUUUCAGGAGACCCGCACUACAAAACCUUUGACAGAUUUAACCACCAUUACCAAGGCCCCUACACCUACGUUUUAACAGAGAGUCAUGACCUGCCCAGCUCUCUGGUGCCUCUGGUGGUCCGGGGGAAGAAUGUACGAAGGGGUGGCAACAAGCGUGUCUCUUUCUUGCAUGAAGUUUACGUUGACGUGUAUGGGCUCAGCAUUCGCUUCCUGCAAAAGAGGGUGGUGCUGGUGAACGGAGAGAGGAUAUACCCACCCCUUACACCGCAACAGGGACUCAGAAUCACUAUGAACUCCCGCAAUGUCCAGCUGUCCACAGACUUCGGUCUCACCGUACGCUUUGACGGGAACUACCAUGCAGAGCUGGUCCUGCCAAGCACCUACAAGGCUGCUGUGAGGGGACUGUGUGGAAACUUCGAUGGCCAAACUAAUAACGAGUACAUGAAACCUGACGGCAGCCUGACCCGCAACCUAAACGACUUUGGGGACAGCUGGAGGGUGGGUGAACGCCAGAGGGCUCCGCUGCAGACCGCCAGCCUGUCCACAACACUACACCUGUACAGACGUGAGGUGGAGCCAGACCUAGAUGCCGGGUUUGAGACUGAAGGUUGCGAAGAUGCCCAGCUGAGCGAGCUGAAUGAUAGGACCCAAUGCGGAGCCCUGUCAGACACGAAUGGACCCUUUGCACCCUGCCACUCAGCUGUCGACCCCAUCCCAUUCCAAGAGGACUGUGUGUAUGACCUCUGUGCGGAGCCAAGUGAUCCUACAUUGCGCUGCACCAGCUACCAGGUGUACGCUCAGGCCUGCCAGGAGGAAGGUGUGGCCCUCACAGCUUGGAGACAGCAGCUGAAGUGUGCUCUGUCCUGUCCAGCAAACAGCACUUACAGCAGCAACAUGACCCCUUGCCCCGCAUCAUGUUCUGACCUUGCUGCCCCCUCCGAGUGUGAGGAAACCUUUCAAACUGAGGGAUGCCAGUGCGCUGCAGGUUUCGCCAUGAGUGGCACAAGCUGCGUGCCCUACAGUCAAUGUGGCUGCACCUUCCUGGGACGGUACUACAUGCUCAACGAGAAGUUUGUGACAGAAGACUGCUCGCAGAACUGCCAGUGCACACCCACGGGAGCUGUGUGCGAGACCAAGGGCUGCCCAGACACACAUGUCUGCACCAUCUACAACUUCACACGUGACUGCUACAAACAGAGUCCGUGCCUCAGCUCACCUUGUCUGAACGGAGGCACGUGCCAGGAAUCCAACAGCGGUUUCACCUGCUUGUGUCCCGAGGGGUUCGAGGGAACUUUGUGCGAGGCAGAAGAGGUCAGAGAAGGCCUAGACAGAACAACAAUUAUUCUAAUUGGAGUUUUCGUACCCCUUGGAGUGAUAAUCAUUGCUUUGGUUUGCUUCUGUAUCUACAAGCACUGUAAUAGAAAGAGGGAAAAGUAUGAUGGAACCCAAAUGGACAAUGGAAGAGGUCCAGGGAAUGUGGAUUCUGCAAACAAGAUGAAAGUCACUGAAACCAGGUUCUAAUAAAGAUCACAAGAUUAUCUUAUUCUGAUCUGCAUAUGAAGAGGGCCAUUACAGAAGACAAGAAAAAAAUAUUUCUAUUGUAUAUUUAUUGGUGGGACCAUUUAAUAACUAGCUUGUACUCUUGUUCAAGUAAUUUGUAUUAAUACAGAAAACCUUAAGCCAUUCCAGCACUUUAGCAUUUUCACUCAUCUGUGACCUGUUAUGUUCAGAUGUACAGUAAUACAGUAGUUUUAUUUUCAGUAUUUCUACGCAUUUAUUCAAAUAUGUAAUUUGUGACAACAAAUGGCUUCAAGUAAAAGUGAACAAAUAAAAUUGCAUUUAAAAACUUAAAUUAAAAAAGGAUCUCGCUGUGAAUUUGAAUCGGAUAUGUAACUAACAGCCUGUCACAGGACAAGGAAACACACUAAAGGCAAUUUAGUGCCUCUAGUAAAUCUGAAAGACAUCUGGACUGUGGGCGGAAACUGGAGCACCUGGAGGAAGCCUACAAGAACACAGGGAAAACACGUAAGCUCCACACAGGCUAAGGAGAAUGUGGAUUCAAAGCACAGAGCUGUGAGGCACCAAUGGUACCUACUAUGCCACUGCACCACUCCUGGCAAUAAAAUACCCUCUUGCAUAAAUGAUCAAAAGUGAAUGUUGCAUUCAUCAACGAAGCACUGUCUUC